UGUACCCAAAGCAAAUCUCAUUUGUUGAUUGCACAUCACACGUUUCUGAAAGCUGACAUGUGGCCAUACGUCGCUGGCCAUAUUAGUCUAGUCAACUAGCCAAUCAUUCCAUCCACAGCAAGAGGAAAGGAAACAGGAGCAGAGUAGGGAAAGAUGGCAGAUAAGCAGAUAUUUGUAAUUCCAAGGGUGAAAUUGGGCACCCAAGGAUUAGAGGUCUCAAAGCUAGGGUUUGGAUGUAUGGGGCUUAGUGGUGGUUACAACUCCCCUGUCCCAGAAGAAGUUGGCAUUUCAAUCAUCAAGGAGUCAUUCAACAGAGGAAUUACAUUUUUAGACACAGCUGAUGUUUAUGGACCUUACACCAAUGAAGUCUUGGUUGGCAAGGCCUUGAAGCAAUUGCCUAGAGAAAAAAUACAGUUGGCUACAAAAUUCGGUGUUGCUGUCAACAACUUCGAUUUUAAAAAUGCUUUAAUUAAUGGCAAACCUGAAUACGUCCGUGCAUGCUGUGAGGCUAGCCUCAAUCGUCUUGGCGUUGAAUAUAUUGAUCUGUACUAUCAACAUCGCAUUGACACUUCUGUACCAAUAGAGGAAACUAUGAGGGAGCUUAAGAAAUUAGUGGAAGAAGGAAAAAUUAAGUACAUUGGGUUAUCUGAAGCAAGUCCUGACACAAUAAAGAGGGCACAUUCAGUUCAUCCCAUCACUGCAGUGCAAAUGGAAUGGUCACUUUGGAGCCGUGACCUUGAGGAAGAAGUAAUCCCACUUUGCAGGGAACUUGGAAUUGCAGUAGUUCCAUAUAGCCCUCUUGGUCGAGGCUUUUUCGGUGGCAAAGCAGUUGUGGAAAGUUUGCCUUCAGAGACUAUACUGAAAUCAUAUCCAAGGUUUGCAGGAGAAAAUUUGGAAAAGAAUAAGAUGUUCUAUACUCGAAUAGAAAAUUUGGCCAAAAACUAUGGAUGCAGUGCUGCUCAGCUUGCCCUUGCAUGGGUUCUCAAUCAAGGGGAUGAUGUAGUUCCCAUCCCUGGGACGACUAAGAUUAAAAACCUGGUAGACAAUAUUGAAGCAUUGAGGAUGAAGCUAACAAAAGAGGAGUUGAAGGAGAUUUCUGAUGCAGUUCCGGUCAGUGAAGUAGCUGGACUUCGAUCUAACAAUUUCCAGAUUACCUUUAAGUUUGCUAACACACCGCUCCCUAAAAAUGCCCAAGCAGCAACCGCAAAUGUAUAACAAUCUUUUUUUUUUUCUUGAAACGAUUGUAAUUUUAACAAAAAAUGAUAGCUGCAAAUGGAAUGGUGGCUCACAGCUAAAGAACAUUCCUACACAGCAGAGUAUAACCAGUGCAAUCUUAACAAUCUA